UUCGGACCCUUAGCUGUUCGUAUAGAUUGGAAGCACUGGAGCCUUUCAUCGCAGAACCUCUUUUAAAACACUACUCUAUCUUCGAAACCUGUGAUGGCGACUUUGGUCCAAGUCCUCGUGGCUCUACUCGUCUUUUUGACGAGUUCAGCACUACGAGUUGCCCCUACUGGGCGAUGUCCCCAGCCCGGAAGCGAUUGGGAGGCGAAGUUAGACACGAUGUUCUACAGUCUUCCAGAAAGACACCUCGGCUCGCUUCACGAGAAGGAAAACUUCGAGUUUUUGCCGGGUGUGUUCCUAGGGAACGCCACCUUCACAGGCCUUGAUGGCCUUCAACCGGAUCGCCCAUACCAGUCAUUCUGUAGGGACAACCAAAGGGUCAUCCUGUACAGCCUGCGUUCGACGUCUCCGAUUCGGAUGACCGUUCCCUGGAGACUUUGCGCCGGAUCUUCUGGAACCAUCGGCACGGUCGCACGCCUAGUCAGAUUUGAGGGAAUCAUAACCGUAACUCCGGCAGGAAACACGCUUGAACCGGUCGUGCCGGUGCUGCUGGAGCGAGUGAGUCUGGAGCUCGAAGGAUUAGGGGACACGGUGGGCACAGUGGGAAUGGUUCUUGGUCAUCUGCUUCCGGGACCGCUUAGGCUCUUUUGGGUUGACUUGGUGUCGACGCACAUUACACAAGCUUUGAAGGGCGCUGCUCGUGAAGCACAACUAUUGCGGUAGGCAGAGAAACACAAAACUGAGAAAAAAUAUUUAAAAAAAAUUCCUGUGAGUGUGUGAGAACACACAUUCAAAAUUUGGAAUUGGCAUGGCUUCCUUGGGGUCCUAAAGACUCAAAAUCCCUGAUAUGAUACUCCCACCGAAGUUUCUCAGCAGUAAUCACUGGUCUUCCAUUAGUUGCUUUAAGUAAUCAUGAAGACUACGGUUCACACUACGUAAUGGUUUAUGAGGUGAAGAUCACUAGCUGACCUGCUGUCCGUGUGUAGAAAACGCGAGAGUUUUACAUUAAUAUUUUAUCACCAAUUCUACUAUAGAACGUGUACAACAAGUUCGUGACCUUGGUGUUUAUUUUGAUACUAAUCAAA